UUUAAGGGAGAAUGAGAGAGAAGAGGGAGAGAAAGAGGGUGGUCUUUCAGUUGCGGGGUUUUGAUGAUCAGAUGACAUGCUGCUCUGUCUUUUCAUUUUGUCAUGUUUGCUUUCCCUGACACUCUUUCUUCAAACACAUGCACGCUGGGAUGAAUUAUAAUUGACAAUUCUCCCCCAACAAAAAUUUUCACCACUCCUGCAGAGUCUGAAGACAGAUGCUUUAGAUUCAUCUAUUCUUGAAUUUUUCGCCAUUUAUGGGGUGAAUGCCCAGGGUAGAGUUCCUACUUGCCCAUUUCAAUGCUCAUCCUCUUGGGAUAUGUAAACUCAAGAAAGCUGUUUUAUGUCUUCUUACUAUGAAUGUCUGAGAUAUGGUGUUGCAGAAGAGGUUAGAUUAUGGAUUCAGUGGCUACCAGGUCCCCUGGGUACCUCGGGCUUCUAGAUCACCUAGGGGGAGGGGGUCCUCCAAGAAGAAACUUGAGGAUGAUCGGAUAUAUGCAUUUGAAGUUUUGGCUUCUCUAGCUGGCAAAUUAUUACAGGAAAGAGAAACUUCUGCUUCAAUCAGUGAUGCUAGCAGAAAAAAUCAGCAAACUGUUGUUAAAAGUACUGUUAAAUGUGAAACCCAUGACAAAGGACAUCAGAUAAAACUGGAAUCCUGUGAUGAGAAUACCUUAGCUUAUGUUCCUCUUGCAAAUGAUGAUUUGAGCUUGAAAAUAAGUUCAACGAUUAAUUCUGAUCUGCCAGAGAAUGUAUGCUUUUCUGAUAAGUUGGAUGUUGACUGUAGGCAAAAAGCAUGUGGAAGCUCUCCCAGCAAAGUAGCAGGAGAUUUCCCUUGCUGUGGGAUAUUUUUUGAAGGAAAUGUAGACAGUGUAAUUGAAAAAAAAUUGGAAGUAGAGCCACAGGAAAAUAGAGGCAUGGUUAGCAAAACACAUCCUAAGAAAGGAAGUUCAAAAGAUCUAGGAGAGUUGGUCAGGGGAACUCUUGCACCCGUCCAUUCAGACAACAAUGCAAAGGCAUCUUUGUUCAGUGAUCACAUGAAUUGUGGUCCUUCUCCUAGGUGUCAAGAAAAUAUGGAAGUAGUUAGUGGGGAUGAUGACAAAAACUCUUCGGGGUGCUCUCAACCUGGCACCAUAAUGAAAACCUAUACACCAAGACGACAUAUUGGAAAUCAAAGAAUAAGGAAAUCAUCAGCAUCCAGAUGUUGGGGAGGAACUCCAAAUCUGAAGGAUGGAGGAUUUUUAAACACUGAUGGAAAAAGAAAGCCAGUUUACUGGACCUGGAAAACUUGUUACCCACGUCGAAGAUCUCAGAGGAUCUCUCCUUUUAAGAGGAGGAAGUUGCUUGAUCAAAACCCAGAAUCUACAUCUGACAGAGGGUUGAGGAGGAAGUUGCUCGAUCAAAACCCAGAAUCUGCAUUUGACAGAGGGUUCAGCUGUGCAGGCAUGCAUAAUUCCCAUAAUAAGGGAAAAAAGAGUGAGAACAGUAGUGCAGCAGGUGGAGCAUCAUCUUCAGUAGCAGGUCAACAAGCACCUUCCCACUCCCGGGAUUGUAAUGUAAAGCUUAGUAUCAAGUCCUUCAGGGUGCCAGAGCUGUUUGUGGAGAUUCCUGCAACUGCUACUGUUGGUUCACUGAAGAGGACAGUUAUGGAGGCAGUGACCGCUGUACUUGGAGGUGGACUACAUGUUGGCAUACUUCUUCAGGGAAAGAAGGUUGGAGAUGACAGUAAAACUCUACUUCAGAGUGGAAUUUCUCAAGGUGACGAGCUUCGUACUUUGGGUUUUAUGUUGGAACCUAGAUGCACACAAAUUCCACCAUCUCUGUGUGCUGAAGACCCGGCCGUUUUCCUUCAUGGCUGCACACCUCAACAUUUAACUAGUUUUUCUACAACCCCCACUUCAGGGCCAGGGACCUCCAAAAUUUCCCCAGAUCCUCCUGUUACAAAUUUGAGCAAGUGUGUCCAAAGAAACCAUGAUACAGCUCCUUCUCAUACUGACAUUUCAACUGACAAAACCAUACCAGAGUCCAGAGCUCUGCUUGCAGUCCCAAGUGUAAGCUUGAAGCCACUGGCUAUGGUUCCCUUUCAUCAGAAAUCUAGGCGUCCGGAGUUUGUACAGCGCCGAAUCAGGAGACCUUUCUCUGUUUCAGAAGUAGAAGCACUGGUUCAGGCAGUUGAGAAUCUUGGAACUGGCAGGUGGCGUGAUGUUAAACUCUGUGCUUUUGAUGGUGCAAAGCAUCGAACUUAUGUGGACUUGAAGUCAACAGGAAUGGUGCAGGAUAAAUGGAAGACAUUGGUGCACACAGCAAAAAUCUCCCCUCAGCAAAGGAGGGGGGAGCCUGUCCCUCAGGAGCUUCUAGACAGGGUUCUAGCUGCCCAUGCCUACUGGUCUCAACAGCAGGCCAAGCAACAGCAGGUAAAAGUAGAAGUCUGAGGCUUUCCCCCCUCUGUGAAAAAAUACAGGGGAGGUAGAGAUGUAAGGCCCAAGCGUGGAUUCUCUAUGAUGUAUCAUGUAAAUUGGUGAAAGAAGGGAGAAAUUAUGUAAGAAUUUUUUUCAUGUAUUAUGCACAUACUCAUCUUCACCCAUAUAGCCCGGCUGCCUUCAUUCCUCAUGAGGAGUUGGGUGAUCCACAACCUGUUGAUUCAAAGAAGAGCAGCAUACUGACAGAAUCACUCAAUCCGGUGCCGAAUUUCAACAACUUGUUGUCUUUACUCCUGACAAAGAAAACUAACAUGUAGUCCAAUAGGUUUAAGUGUAUUAGUCUCUAAUUUAUUUCCAUGUUAUUGUUUAUGUAAUUAUUCUUGUAAUUUCGAAGGAGAUAUAUUAUCAGUUGUGGGGAAGGGAGCUGCAUAUUUUGAUUUACUUUCUUUGAUAAAUUCCAAUAUCAUAUUAUGAUA